CGUGUCAGCCCAAAACGCCUACUACAUGGCGUCUUCUUGAUAAUUGACAGUCGAUGCACCCAAUGAGAAUACGAUCCGGUCUCUGUUAACCAAUAAGGUUUGGGAAACAAGCGUGAGCGGCGGAAAACAGGGCUGGUUAGUAGGACGCGAUGGAGGCGGUGUUUGAGGUGGGCGCGUCUCGUGAGUCAGGUUGGGCUGCACCGCAGCGCUUACACUACAAUGGCUGCUGGAGAGAGGGGAAAGCAAACAAUUUCCAGGCCCGCACCGUCCAGGCAAAAAUAUGGGAAAAAAAUUAUUAAAAAAUCGGAAAGGCACCUAAACCCCGGAAAUCGACCGCAGGAAGGAUGUUAAGGCUCCCGCGGCAUACAAAAAUGGAAAUGUCUAGAGUCUGGUCUCCCCCAAGAAGUGCUAGUGAGACUGGUUAAGAACAGGAUCUGGGAAGUUUUUCGGACAACCGCCAGGUGUGAACCCUAUGGAAUCUAUCAAAUUACAAUUUUAAUCCCCCUUUGAUUUUUUUUUUUUCUUGACCACAUGGAACUUGAGAAGCCACCUAAAGUGCUGUCACUUUGUCGAAUUGGGCGAUUGCCAAGUGUCAAGCAAGAAGGCCUAGUGUAGGCUGCGAUGGCCACUGUCAUUCCUGGUGAUUUGUCAGACGUAAGAGAGACCCAAACAGUUCCUUCAGGGAAGCGUAAGCGUGGUGAAACAAAACCAAGAAAAAACUUCCCUUGCCAACUGUGUGAAAAGGCAUUUAACAGUGUUGAAAAAUUAAAAGUUCAUUCUUACACUCACACAGGAGAGAGGCCCUAUAAGUGCUCACAACAAGACUGCACCAAGGCCUUUGUUUCUAAAUACAAAUUACUAAGGCAUAUGGCUACUCAUUCUCCAGAGAAAACACACAAGUGCAAUUAUUGCGAGAAAAUGUUUCACCGAAAAGAUCACUUAAAGAAUCACCUUCAUACCCACGAUCCUAAUAAAGAGGCAUUUAAGUGUGAAGAAUGCGGAAAGAACUAUAACACAAAGCUUGGUUUUAAACGUCACUUGGCCUUGCAUGCUGCAACAAGUGGAGACCUCACCUGUAAAGUAUGCCUGCAGACUUUUGAAAGCACAGUUGUGCUGCUGGAGCACCUAAAAACCCAUGCAGGCAAAUCUUCCAGUGGUGUUAAGGAAAAAAAACACCAAUGUGAGCAUUGUGACCGGCGGUUUUAUACACGCAAAGAUGUCCGUAGACACAUGGUAGUGCACACUGGGAGAAAGGACUUCCUUUGUCAAUAUUGUGCACAGAGGUUUGGGCGUAAGGAUCAUCUAACUCGUCAUAUGAAGAAAAGUCAUAAUCAAGAACUGCUAAAAGUCAAAACAGAACCCAUGGACCUCUUAGACCAUUUUACCUGCGGUGUUCCUAUUAAAGAUGAGCUGCUUCCUGUGAUGUCUUUAUCUUCCAGUGAGCUGACAUCAAAGCCAUUCACAAAUAGUAUGCAAUUAAACCUUUACAAUACACAAAUUCAAUCCAUGCAGAGUUCUGCAACUACUCAUCAAAUGGUCGCUCCAACAUUGUCUUUGGGUAUGCCUUGCCCAAUAGAUAUGGAUCAUGUCCAUCCUUCUCACCAGCUGUCUCUGAAAUACCCACUUAAUUCUACCUCAUAUGCAAUUUCGAUGCCUGAGAAAGAACAGCCGUUGAAAGGGGAAAUCGAAAGUUACCUUAUGGAAUUGCAAAGUGGCAUGCCACCCUCAUCCCAGGAUUCUCCAUCAUCCUCUUCAAAAUUAGGAAUGGAUCCUCAAGUAGGGCCAUUGGAUGAUUGUUCUGAUGGAGUAUCCCUCUCGAAAAGUUCAGUUUCGAUAAGUGAAUCAUCAUCGUUGGAUUUUAAUCAGCUUUUCAAUUUUAUACCUGCCAAUGGUCCUCCAUACAACGUCCCUGUAUCUGUUGGUAAUUUAGGAAUGGGCUAUUCCUCAGAGGAAGCCCAUUCCUCAAUGCCACACCUCAUGCUGCAACCACAAGAUCCUCAAGACCCCAGCAAUAAUUUAUGUUUUGGCUCUCUACACCCAUUGUCCUCUGCUUUUACAAGUAGUUUAAGCACUACAACAACAUUGCCACGUUUCCAUCAAGCUUUCCAAUAGGAUUGGUAAAAAUGGAUUGAUUUAGAUUAGCCUGUUUUUAACCUUAGUGCCAAUGAACACUUUAAAUAUCUGAUACAUUAAGUCUCCUCAAGCCAGUACAUCUUUAGCUUUUCACAUUUUUACAAAUGUGUAUGUGUUUACUUUGAGAGAUUUUUUCCUUUUAGCAUUUUUUCACUGCCAUGUUUCUGUUCUAUAAGGAAAAAGCUAAUGCUUUAAAAAAACUAAUGGAAAGACACAUUGAUCUCCAUAAAUUGAUAAAAAAAAAUCAAAGUAUGACUUGAUCU